CCGGUGGGGUGCGCGAUAGCAGAACACAAUGACGCCAUCCAUGCGUGAGUUUUGGCAGCAAAAUUGUAGGCCCAACAAGCUGAAUGUCAACCAUGUACCUGGGUUGGGCCUGGCCCAACAAAAAGGUCCACAAUUUCUGUUUCACCAUCUGUGAGGAAGGAAAAGGAAACUCUUCGGAGAAGGAGAUCGUUUUUUUUUUUCGCUCAUCCAGCGGCGGCGAGUGAAGACGGCAGCAGAAGAUCCUCCGUCGACGGCGGAAACCUCAAGAAUUUCAACAGUGUAAUUCUCCCAACCAUUUCCUUCGCAAUGUUGUGGGCAAGUAUAAGGCAGAAACUUGUAAAUUCAGCUGGAAACGCUUCAAUCGACCGUGGAUUUACCAAUUUGUGUGGUGGAGCUAGAGGGAUCCCAGCCUAUUCAUGGCCGUUAAGAGACUUGUCGGGUUAUGGAAUGAAUAGGUUGUUUUCCUCAGCAUCAGAAGCUUCCUCAACAGGAAGUGAAACCCAGCAGGCCCCUAUGCCGAGGGCAAUGUGGAAGGGUCCAUUCGUGGAUGCUUUCCUGUUGAAGUUGAAGAACAAGGGAGACCCGCUCAACAACAGGAAGAUCUGGUCGAGGAGGUCGGUCAUACUGCCUGAGUUCCUAAACUCCACCGUCAGGAUAUACAAUGGGAAGUCGUUCGUUCGUUGCAAGAUCACCGAGGCCAAGGUAGGACACAAGUUCGGGGAGUUUGCUCUCACGCGAAGGAGGAAGUUCAGAGGCAGCGACGGCAAAGGGGGUAAGACUAAGACUCUUAAGAAGGGUGGCAAGAAGUAGUAGCAGACUAGCAGCCUCAUAAUUGGCUGUUCUUUGUUUUACAUCACUAGAGAAUUUGCAGUUGGAACUUACAAAGAUGAAAGAUUUUGAGAUGUGAGUUGCAAAAUUUAGGAUAUGUUGCCAUGGCAUCUUAGUUUCUGAAGUCCAUGGUUCUGAUUUCCUGCAUAUUUGUUCAUUCUACUGCUGCUAAACUGGAAAACAAACCAGUUAAGCGCUGUUAUCGAUUUUUCUUAUCGAUAGAGAACGAUCUCAAACUGUC